AUGGUCCAGAAUGUUGAAGAUAACCCAUUAAAAUUUCCUCUAUGGCGCACGCAGAGCGGCAUACUUUAUAAAUUUGUUAAACCAUCAAUCCCUAAUCUUUCUUCUCCUUCAGAUAAUUGGACGAUGGUGGACCCAAGGACAAAAGAAAGAUCAUUCUUCAGCGUUGUUAUGAUGUUCCAACAUCUGGUCAUAUGGGUGUCUUUAAGACUUUCUGAAAAAUUCAUUAAGAUGAAGGCUGAUGUAAAUUAUGUAAAACAUUGUACUUAUUGUGCCCAGGAUAAAGUAGAGCAGAAGCCACCUGCCAGUUUAAUGGGCGAACGUCUGGACAUAACAGAAUCAUUUCGGGCUUUAAGUCUUGACUAUAUUGGAUCUUUACCACCUUCAAGGAAAGGUUUUUGCUAUAUCCCUAUACCAGAUCCACAUACCAGAUACCAGAUACCAGAUACCAGACACCAGACACCAGAUACCAGAUACCAGAUACUAGAUACCAGACACCAGAUACCAGACACCAGAUACCAGAUAGCAGAUACCAGAAACGAGAUACCAGAUACCAGACACCAGAUACCAGAUAAAAAGAUAACAGAUACCAAAUACCAAAUACCAGAUACCAGAUACCACACACCAGACACCAGAUACCAGACACCACAUACGAGAUACCAGAUACCAGAUACCAGACACCAGAUACCAGAUACCAGAUACCAGACACCAGAUACCAGACACCAGAUACCAGACACCAGAUACCAGAUACCAGACACCAGACACCAGAUAUCAGAUACCAGAUACCAGAUACUAGACACCAGAUACCAGAUACCAGAUCCACAUACCAGAUACCAGAUACCAGAUACCAGACACCAGACACCAGAUACCAGAUACUAG